GGAAGUGGGUGGGUCUUGGGUUGUGUAGAAGAAGAAGCUAACAGCUAGCCUCCGGGAGCUGCAGGUUCUGUCUUUAGCCAUCAACAUGGUCCAACUUGUGGGUUCCCUCCGAAAAGAGCUGGCUGAUUCCAUCUCCACCUGCAAGGUCCUGGUAGUGGGAGCAGGAGGGAUCGGCUGCGAGCUGCUGAAGAACCUUGUACUCACCGGCUUCAAAAACAUCGAAGUGAUUGACUUGGACACAAUUGAUGUCAGCAACCUGAACCGUCAGUUCCUCUUUCAGAAGAAGCAUGUAGGCAAGUCUAAAGCACAGGUGGCCAAAGAGAGCGCCUUGCAGUUCUGCCCCAGUGCCAACAUCACUGCAUACCACGACAGCAUCAUGAACCCUGAAUACAACGUGGAGUUCUUCAGAAAAUUCAUGCUUGUGAUGAACGCCCUGGAUAACAGAGCUGCCCGUAACCAUGUCAACAGGAUGUGUUUGGCAGCUGAUAUCCCUCUGAUAGAGAGUGGCACUGCUGGAUACUUGGGACAGGUCACGGUCAUCAAGAAGGGAAUGACAGAGUGCUACGAGUGCCAGCCGAAACCAGCACAGAAGACCUUCCCAGGAUGCACCAUAAGAAACACGCCAUCUGAGCCCAUUCACUGCAUCGUCUGGGCCAAAUAUCUCUUCAAUCAACUGUUUGGAGAAGAAGAUGCAGAUCAAGAGGUGUCGCCGGACACAGCGGACCCAGAGGCUGCAUGGAAUCCUGAAGAGACGGCGGCUCGUGCCACCGCUUCAGAUAAGGAUGGGGACAUCAAGCGUGUUUCCACCAAGGAAUGGGCUCGAUCCACCGGAUAUGAUUCCGUCAAACUCUUCAAUAAGAUCUUCCUGAACAAGUGCCCCAAUCUCAGGAAGAAGCUGCUGGUCCCCUGCGUGCUUGACCCGCCCAGCGCUAACUGCUACGUCUGCGCCAGCAAACCUGAAGUCACGGUCAAACUCAACGUGCACAAAACCAUGGUGCUCACUCUGCAAGACAAGAUUGUGAAGGAGAGGUUUGGUAUGGUGGCUCCAGACGUUCAGAUAGAAGAUGGAAAGGGAACCAUCCUCAUUUCCUCAGAGGAAGGAGAGACGGAGGCCAACAACAGCAAAUUUCUUUCUGAUUUUGGGAUCCGUAACGGCAGCCGGCUCCAAGCUGACGACUUCCUCCAAGACUACACACUCCUCAUUAAUGUCCUGCACGUUGAGGACCUAGAGCGGGAUGUGGAAUUCGAGGUAGUAGGUGAGGCCCCAGAUAAGGCUCCACCCCCUCAGACUAACCAAGAGGAGGUUAACAGCAUCACCAACGGCAACAAGGACUCCGCCCAGCCGUCAACAUCCUCUAAAGCUCCGUCAGAGGAUGACGACAUCAUGAUAGUCGACUCCGAUGAGGAGGAUGGGGCGGCUUCCAGCUCAGCAGCGGCAGCAGCGACGGGUGGCACAAAGAGGAAGCACUCAGACGCCGAAACUGGCGAGACCUCCACGAAGCGCCCACGGACAGACCAAUCGGCAGCCGACAACAAUGACGACGAUGACAUAAUCGCUCUGGACUAACUCCCCUCCCUUUCUCCUGAGGGACUGCAAACUCUUUGACUGCUCGUAAUUUUGACUCGAGACAGACAGUAGGUUUAAAUAAAACACCUCCUUCAUGAAGAACUGUUUACAACCCGGGCUUCUCUUUCAACAGUUUCCCCCCCCAAAUGUGUUUGUGCUUUCGUACUCCCUCCACUCUCUGACAUGAUGCUGUAAAUAGAUCCUACAAUAUAUCCUACGUGGGGGGGGGAAAGAAAAGGUUUUGACGAAAAAAAAUACAUAGACUUCCUGUUAUGUCACUUCUUCUUCUCUUGUUGGUUAAAUAAACAAAAAGUGCAUUUUUUUUGUAUUUUUUUAUAAACGUACUGUAUUUCUCAUGCUACACAAGUCAGGGUGUUUUUGUGCUUUGAUGUCAAGUUUCAAAGGAAUAAGAUUUAAAAAAACCAAAACAUUUUCUUGGGUUGUAAUAUUGAUCUCAGUUUUUGUGAAGAUGGGGACAGAGGGGUUAGGGGGGGCAGGUUGUGCUGAAUCAGUCUGGGUGGGGGUGGACAGGAGCUGGCCUGUAGGUGCUGUUGACGUCUGUCAGCAGGUCAGUAAAGCACAGAGGCACUGAUGGCAAGUUUGUGCCAAGGGGUGUUUGUUAGCUACCUCUUUUCUAGAACUGACAUGUUUAGGCUCCAAGAAGGUAAACAUGCCCUCCAUCACUGCAGUGAGGUGUCCAGCUCUUAGAGAACAAGUUACUCGAACAGCCACGGAGACGAGGCAACACGCCUCCCUGGGGAAAUGGCAAUGACUGAACUGUACACUUUUUAAAGGCAGUAGUAAUUCAAUGUUAAACAUGUUACAGUUUUAUUUUUCUUGGCUCUGUUUGGGCAGCGAAGUCUAGAAAUGGUUAGAAAAAUAGAGCAGCAGUUUGUCCUGUUUGAUGCUGCAGAGGUUAAACUAGAUUGUCUGGCAGCAGUGUCCUGCACUUAAAUAACGUGAGAGCCACGGGCACUUCGUGAUCUGCUGUCUUCUCCCUUCUAACCCUUGUGUUGAUGUCCAUAAUUUCAUGUUUUAUUGUGAUCUGACGUAUUGAAAAGCUAUGAGAGCCCUUUGGACCAAUUUGAUGAAGAUAAUAAACUCAAAAAUUGCA